AUGGCUUCUUCAGCGAAGAAAUUACAGUCAAAGUUGUUUGGUCCAGGUGUAGGAGGUGGCGAUUCAUCUCCUAAUUCUGAUUCCCCAAAUGGGUCAGGUACAGCUACUCCUACCGCUCAAGGUGAACAACUCAAGAUCAAUAUCCCAAAUCCUCAUGCUCCCACUGGUGAAAAACGUGAAAAGGAAAACCUACCUAAAAGACCUUCGUUAGCUACCACUGAAGCUCCCCAAGCUCCUGAACUUGCUGGAUCUCCUCAACCAAAAGACGGAGGUAGUGACACUGACACUCCUGGAACUCAAGGUCAAGAGCAAAAGACUUUCAGAGAGAGACUUCAACGGUCACUUGGUCCAAGAUAUCGAUCAGUCGAAGAAUACAGACUUGAUCAAUCUGACCGAUACGACGUACACUGGAAGAGAUGGGGUCCAUAUGUAUCGGAGAGACAAUGGGGUACCGUAAGAGAAGAUUAUUCUGCCAAUGGAGACGCAUGGAACUCUUUCCCAUUCGAAAUGGCUAAAAGUAGGGCUUAUAGAUGGGGUGAAGAUGGUAUGGCUGGUAUAUCUGAUAAUCACCAACGUUUAUGUUUCACACUCGCUCUUUGGAAUGGUAAAGAUCCUAUCCUCAAAGAAAGGUUAUAUGGUCUUAACGGAAAUCAAGGAAACCACGGAGAGGAUGUCAAGGAAAUGUACUAUUACCUCGAUUCCACUCCCACUCACUCUUACAUGAAAUACCUGUACAAAUACCCUCAAGCCGAAUUCCCUUACGAGCAACUCAAGGAAGAGAGCAGAAACAGAAGUAGAGAAGUCAACGAGUUCGAGCUCAUGGAUACAGACGUGUUUGAUGAGGACCGAUAUUGGGAUGUCUUCGUUGAGUACGCCAAAGACGAAGAAUUUGCCGAUGCAUUAUCUAUUCGUAUUACAGCAUACAAUCGAGGACCCGAUCCCGCCGAUUUGCACAUUCUUCCUCAAAUGUUCUUCCGAAACACAUGGUCUUGGCCCAAAGAAUUACCAAAGAACAUGCCUAACGUGAAGCAAGAAGCUGAAGGUGUAAUUUACGCAUCAGAAGAAUCCCUUGGUAGUACCAGACUCUACUGUACUCCUUCCCCUGCACCUGCUGCCCCGGCUAAAGGAGGAGUAGUACUUGUAGAUGGACCAAGUAUUGUACCAGAUUUGCUUUUUACUGAAAAUGAGACCAAUUUCGAGCGACUAUAUGGCGGCAAAAACCGAACACCUUACGUCAAAGAUGCUUUCCACGACCAUGUCAUUCCUUCUCAUCGACCUGCCGAGCCAGAGCCUGAGAGAGGUGCUCAAGAAGGUUUACAAGGCAAGUCACCAUCUGUCAAGACACCUAGACUCCCUCCUUACCAUACCACAGCCGAAGUGGAACACAGCGACGCUCCCAAUGAAACCAAUGGAUCGAUCAACGUCACAGAUGGAGUUGAAAACAUCGUGGAACCUCCUCCUAGACCCGUAUCUGAACACGGUGGUAGACAAUUCGUCAACCCUGACAAAACAGGUACUAAAGCUGCCGCUCAUUAUUCAUUCAAAGAUGUACCUGGUAAAGGUGGUUGUGUAGUCGUCAGACUCAAGAUGACUCCUUAUUCCCCUGAUGAAGAUCCAUCCAUCUUGGAUGAAGAAUUAUUCGAUGAUAACAUCGAAGAAAGAAGAGUUGAUGCCGAUGAAUUCUACGGUGCUAUCUCAAGAGGCUCAAUCAGUGACGAUUUGAGGAAUGUCAUGAGACAAGCUCUCAGUGGUAUGCUUUGGACUAAGCAAUACUACCAAUAUAUCCAGAAAGAGUGGAUGGACGGUGAUCCUGGUCAACCUCCUCCUCCACCUGAAAGGAAAUGGGUCAGAAACAGAGAAUGGAAACAUAUGUACAUCAAUGAUAUCCUCUCCAUGCCUGAUAAGUGGGAGUAUCCUUGGUUCGCCACCUGGGACACUGCAUUCCAUUGUAUCCCCCUUGCUAUGGUCGACCCUUCUUUCGCCAAAAAACAACUUGAUUUGAUGACACGAGAAUGGUAUAUGAAGCCAGAUGGUGCAUUACCAGCAUAUGAGUGGAAUUUCAGUGAUGUCAACCCUCCUGUCCACGCUUGGUCAACUUUCCGAGUUUUCAAGAUCGAAAGAAAGAUGUUCGGAAGAGAAGAUCUGGAUUUCUUGGAGAGAGUCUUCCAAAAGUUGCUUUUGAACUUUACUUGGUGGGUCAACCGAAAGGACGCCGACGGAAACAACGUCUUUGAAGGUGGUUUCUUGGGUUUGGAUAACAUAGGACCUUUCAAUCGAUCUGAACCUUUACCUACUGGUGGUACACUCCGACAAGCUGAUGGUACAGCUUGGAUGGCUUUCUUCUGUUUGAACAUGUUGUCAAUCGCCUUGGAACUGGCUAAACAUAAUCCAACCUACGAGGAUAUUGCUUCCAAGUUCUUCGAGCACUUCUUAUACAUCUCAGACGCCAUGACUUUCGUCGGCUCAAAUGAUGAACAGCUCUCUCUAUGGAAUGAAGAAGAUGGUUUCUACUAUGACGCAAUUCAAUGGGGAUAUGGACACUCUCAACAAUUACCUGUAAGGUCAAUGGUCGGCCUGAUGCCUCUGUACGCCACGUUGGUACUGGAGCCUUCAGUCAUCAAGAGAUUCCCCGGAUUCAAGAAGAGAAUGGACUGGUUCAUCGAGAACAGACCUGAUAUUUCUACUAGAAACAUCGCAAACAUUAAAGAGAAAGGAAGAGGUGACAGACAAUUGCUUGCUAUUGCGUCCAAAGAGCGACUUGUCAGGAUCUUGCAGAAAAUGCUGGACGAGAAAGAGUUCUUAUCUGAGUAUGGUGUACGAUCUAUGUCGCUUUAUCAUCACGAGAACCCAUUCUCCAUGAAUGUCAACGGUGAAGAAUUCGGUGUCGGUUACUGGCCCGGAGAUUCUAGAUCUGGAAUGUUUGGUGGUAACUCCAAUUGGAGAGGUCCGAUCUGGUUUGCCGUCAACUUCUUGCUCAUUGAAAGUCUACAACGAUUCCACCAAUACUACGGUGAUACUUUGACUGUGGAAUGUCCAACUGGCAGUGGUGAUUACAUGUCAUUGGCAGGAUGCGCAGAAGAGAUCCAACAUCGUCUCAUUCACAUCUUCUCACGAGAUGAAUCAGGUCGACGAGCGGUAAAUGGUGGAAACCCUAAACUAAACAGAGAUCCAAAUUUCAGGGAUUACGUUCACUUCUAUGAGUUCUUCCACGGAAAUGAUGGUAGAGGUUUAGGUGCAUCUCAUCAAACUGGUUGGACCGGUUUGGUAGCUUGGAGUAUCAUGCAAACUGGAGAAUAUUGUAGAUUACCCAAAACCCCAAGGACUCCAAGAUCAGUCGCUAAACACUACUUUGAUGAACAUAUCCAAACACCUUCAGAAUACAAUGCUGAAGAUGGUUCUUUAUACUCUGCUUACUCUGUUCAUUCAGAUUUCGAUAACCCAGAACCUGAUGAUUUGUAA